AGGUACCCUGGACACCCCAGAUCUGACCAUCCUUAACGUGGAGACAGCAGAUGCCGGAAACUACAGCUGUUCAGCUGUCAACCUGGCCGGAAGUGGCAGCGAUUCCCUCACCUUGGAUGUCCUUUAUGCACCUAUGAGUACUGCCAUCACCCCAGCAUCAGCGGAAGAGAAAGAAGGCGACCCUCUCACCCUGACCUGCACCUCGGACGGUAACCCUGUCCCCACAUUCACCUGGAGCAAACAGGGCGGGGCAGGGCCGCUGCCGGCCGGGAGCAUGGUACAGAUACAGAGUCUGUCACGGGAAGACGCGGGGACGUACACCUGCACGGCAAGCAACGGGAUUGGCAACCCACAGGCGGCUACCAGUACUGUGGACGUGCUAUAUCUUGACACACCAACCAUCAACACAACUUCACCAGUCACCUUGGAAGAAGGGAAGUCUACGGCCAUCCAGUGUUCAGCAAUGGCCAAUCCAGCAGCCAGCUUCAAGUGGCGCAAGGACGGAAGCGGUGACCCGGAAGUGAACGGCAACAUCCUGACGUUGUCCCAAGUCAGCCGGGACUCGGAGGGAACAUACACGUGUGAAGCUUCCAACACGAUGAAGGGAGCUCUGGAGACAGAAGAAGUAUCUGUGAACUUAGUCGUGAAUUACCCAGCCAGCGUCACCGUCUCCUCCGCCAUGGUGACAGUAGAUGAGAAUGAUGACGUCAGCCUGAGCUGCACUGCUGACAGCAAACCGCCUCCAACCAGUUUCACCUGGACAGACACGAACGGAACACCCCUGGACAGCCAACGUGAUGGUUUCACCCUGCAGGCUACCAUUCCGGAUAUUACGUACCAACAGGCCGGAAGUUACACCUGUACAGCAAGCAACGGAGUGGGGGAUGCUGGGACUGCUGAAGUUGACGUCAUCAUUGAAUAUCCUCCGAAGUUUGACCACAGCCGAGACCCGUACCCCGUCGCCACUGGUGCAACCGUAGCCCUACGGUGUUCAGCAUCUGCCGUACCCAAUGAGAUCACAUUCUCCUGGUCACGUGACGGGAGCCCCGUGUCAGACGACCGGUUCACUGUUACCCAGCCUGCACCAGGCGCCUCCCUCCUCACCAUCAGCGGGGUGCAGGUGGAGGAUUAUGGGACAUACCGCUGCACGGCGACCAAUCAGAAAGGAGAAGAAUCAGACAAUAUCGUCUUGCAACCAUACGAUAAGUAA